AUGGCGCGCACCCCUAAGAUGGCCCAUAUUAAGGCGCAGCUGGUCGAGCGAGCACGACAGGAGGAGGAGAUCGCGGCGAUCACUGGUACCCUCAACUCACGAGUCACGCAGUUCGGCCCUCAUGCGACCACAGGAGGCGCCACAUCCACUGGUGAUGACAUCGAUGAGGAAGAGUCGGACGAGGAGGAGGUCGUCGCUGGAACUUCAAGUAUCUACAACUAA